AUGGCCACGAUGCUUGCAGACAAGCUGGGCGACUUGACGCCUACUUCUGGCGUUACUCACGUCCUCGUCUGUGAUCACGGCUCUCCGGCCGCCAAAGUGACUGCAGCACGGGAAGCAGUGCGUUCCGAGCUGGAGGUGAAGCUGGGUCGCAGCGUGACUGCCUGCUGCAUGGAGCGACGCGAAGGUGCCAUAUACGACUUCAACGGACCUUUGCUGGAGGAUGCUCUCAAGGACCUACCUCCGGGGGCAUUCGCGAAGGUGGCACUCUUGUUCCUGCAGGAAGGUCGCCACGCAGGUCCAGGAGGUGACAUCGCCAAGAUUGUGGAAGGAGUGUUGGCCGAGCGAAAAGACCUGAAGAUUGAAACCACCGCGGUCUUGGCAGGUCAUGCCCUGUUGGAGGAGCUGCUACUGAAGCGCGCGCAGAAGGCAGUCCCUUACCACCUGUUCACUUGA